AUGUUACUCUAUUCUUCACCAUCUUUUAAUUCCUUUCUUUUUAAUUCCAAUUUCAGCUCCAAUUUAAUAUCGAAAAAGCACAAAUCGCAAAAAUCCUUUACUCAAAUUCUCCGAGUUGUUAACAACAACGAUGUGGACGCGUUUACAGAGAAGUCCGGUUACUUAUUCAAGCUUAGUAGCAGUGAAGCGGAUUCUUUAAAUGAUUACGAUAUUAAAAAGAUUGGAGCAAUUUAUAAGAGAAAACCGUUGAUUUUGCUCCGCAGAUUGUUUCAAAUUGGUUCUACUUUCGGCAGGUGGUUUGCGGCUCGAUACAUUGAUAGUAUUACAGAGAAAUCUGAUCAAAUGUUCAAGAUUAGAGCUGCUGAGCUUCGGAAGAUAUUGCUUGAACUUGGACCGGCUUACAUAAAAAUUGCUCAGGCUGUUUCGUCAAGACCUGAUUUGAUACCACCAUCAUAUCUGGAUGAACUAUCCCUGUUGCAAGAUAGAAUAGCUCCAUUUUCGACAGAAGUUGCUUUAAAUACAAUAGAACAGGAACUCGGAUUACCAAUAGACAUGCUUUUCUCUGAGAUUUCACCGGAGCCUAUAGCUGCGGCAUCUCUUGGACAGGUGUACCAAGCAAGGCUUCGCAGUAACGGACAAGUUGUUGCUGUUAAAGUUCAGAGGCCAGGAGUUCAAGCUGCUAUUUCCCUAGACAUACUGAUAUUGCGUUUUAUUGCAGGAGUGGUAAAGAAAGCAGGAAGAUUAAAUUCUGAUCUUAAGCUGUAUGGUGGUAUACAAGAUGUCUUGGUUCCAGAUAUGUAUGUGGAGAACACAACUCGUAGGGUCCUUGUAAUGGGAUGGGUUGAGGGGAAAAAGUUGUCUGAAGUGAAGGAUCUUUACUUGGUUGAGGUAGGAGUUUACUGCUCGUUCAACCAACUUCUGGAGUAUGGAUUCUAUCAUGCUGAUCCACAUCCUGGAAACCUUCUUCGAACAUACGAUGGGAAAUUAGCUUAUAUAGAUUUUGGUAUGAUGGGUGAAUUUAAACAAGAGUUCCGUGAUGGAUUUAUUGAAGCUUGUCUCCAUCUUGUAAACCGUGAUUAUGAUGCACUGUCCAAGGAUUUUGUGACACUUGGGCUUCUUCCGCCAACUGCGGAUAAGGAGGAGGUUACAAAGGCUUUAACAGGUGUCUUCCAAAAUGCUGUUGCUAAAGGAGUCCGCAAUAUAAGUUUUGGAGACCUUUUGGGAGAUUUGGGAACUACCAUUCUUGCUGUUUUGGAAGGCAUUGCUAUUGGUUUUGAUCCAAAUUACAAAGUUUUGGGUAGUACAUACCCUUGGAUUGCUAGAAAAGUACUGACUGAUAGCUCACCGCAGUUGAGGUCAUCUUUGCAAGCUCUUCUUUAUGAGGAAGGUGUUUUCAGAAUAGAUCGUCUAGAGUCGCUGCUUUCAGAGUCCCUUCGUGCCAAAACAGAGAAGGCCUUGGUUCAAAGCCAAUUAGAGGACAAGGAUUCCAAAGAGGCCAUCAAGCAAAUCCUUUCCUUCACAUUAACCGAGAAGGGUGCCUUUGUGAGGGAAAUACUCCUUCAAGAAAUUGCCAAGGCAAGUGUUCUGGGUUUGGAUGCAUUUGGGCUAGCAACUCUUGAUUCUGUAACUUCUGUGGCUAACGCAAGCAUUCCUUUUGCUGCUUCCUCUUCUUCCUCUUCAAUGACUAACGAAGACAUGAUGAACUUGAGGACCUUGCGCCGCCUUAUGUUACUCAUUUCAGGUUUCCAAAGGAAUGCAGACUCCCCUAUGGAAGUUAGAAGGACCACCCCAAACAAGAAUCAAAACACGUACCCAGAGGAAGCAUCACUUAUCUUCUAUCAAUUUCCAUCAAUUCAAGAGAUUCUGCCCAUUGUUUCUGUUAUCCCUGAGCUCCCACCAGAAUUGCAACAGCAGUUACUUCUCUUGCCAGCUGAUCUGGCUGGAAGGUUGAUUUCCCGUGCCACUGCUAGGACCAUCAGGAGAGUGUUUCUUUGA